GUCUCGCUACCACUGUGGGAAAUUCGGGGUUGAACAGUUAACUGAGACGUCUGUCGCGAUGACCGCUGGAGUGAGUGCGUUGGUUGCGGCAGCUCUGGCGCUGCUGCUGGCUGCGGUGUCAGCGGACACGCCCGCCAGCUGCCUGUACAGCGACAUAGUGGGCUCCUGGACCUUCUACGAGGGACAGCGGAACCUCGACAGCUCCGCCCUCUGCGAAGAUUUUGAUGUCGUUCAGCAAGUGCGUGUCACGUUGUCCUACCCCAACGUUGCGGUGGACCAAUACGACAACGUCGGCACCUGGACGCUGAUAUCAAACCAGGGCUUCGAAGUGACCGUAAACGGCAGAACAUACUUUGCAUUCUCUGCCUACGAAACGGUGGGUAACGAUACCUCCAGCCUGUGUGACCAGACACUGCCCGGCUGGUCACAUGACGUCACCGUGCGACACUGGUCGUGUUACUAUGGCAUCAAGGACGGCUCCACCGGGAGGCGGCUCUCAUCUGCAAAACCCGAGCUUCCCACGCACAAGCUUACGGAGACAUUCACCGCCGAUGUGCAGGAGGCGAUGGUCACUGAAAUAAAUCAGAAGCAGAAACUGUGGAGAGCAAAGGCGUAUAAGCAGUUUGAGGGGAAAACAUACGACGAACUCUUGAGUAUGGCUGGUGGAAAGAGAUCGGUAGUGACGGAGUGGCCACAAGCCGCUCCACUGACGAUGGAACUGAAGCAGCGAGCCUCGUACCUGCCCAAGCAGUGGGACUGGAGGAACGUCGAUGGCGUCAACUACGUGUCUCCUGUGAGGGACCAGGCGAACUGCGGGAGCUGCUUCGCGUUCGCGUCAGCCGCCAUGCUGGAAUCUCGGCUGCGUAUCAAGACCAACAACACGCUGCAGCCGGUGCUGUCGGUGCAGGACCUGAUGGGCUGCAGCGUGCUCGACCAGGGCUGCUCCGGGGGCUUCGCAUACCUCGCUGGAGGCCGCUACGGAAAGGACUACGGCUUCGUGGAGGAGGAAUGCAACCCGUACCUGGGCGUGGACGGGGCGUGCACCACCAACCAGACCUGCAAGCGGUACUUCGUGUCUGACUACAGCUACGUGGGCGGCUACUACGGCGGCGGCAACGAGGUGCUGAUCCAGGAGGCGCUGGUGCAGAACGGGCCCGUGGCGGCCGGCUUCAUGGUGUACGACGACUUCCGGCAGUACGCGGGUGGCGUGUACAAGCACGUCGAGACCAGGGUCGACUUCAACCCCCGCGUGCCAACCAGCCACGCUGUUCUGAUUGUGGGCUACGGAGUAGACGACGCUUCUGGCGAGAAGUACUGGAUCGUGAAGAACAGCUGGGGCGCCGAGUGGGGCGACAGCGGCUACUUCCUGAUGCUGCGCGGCGUCAACGAGUGCGGCAUCGAGAGCAACACCGUCGAGGCCACGCCCAUCCCCUAGAAGUGCCCAGAACAUCAGUUAGCGCUAGCGGGGCAGUGCGGCGCGGGCUGCAUACCUCCAGGGGCGUACGGUGACGACUGCGCCGUACCUCACACUGUCGUACCGUGAAAGCUGUCUCCCGAUGAAGUGUUGGUGUACCUGUCAAAUCUAAAACUGAAAUAAAUUUGGUUCCACCAU